AUGGAUCGUGAAGGUCUAUCCCUUGCUCUUUCAAAGGCCAAGAAAAGCUACGCGGAAGGAGGUGUUCCGAUUGGUUCUUCUCUACUUGAGUCGAACGAUUCUAUAGAGGGUGAAGGCUUCCGUGUUUUGGGAGCGGGACACAACGAGAGAUGGCAGAAGGCUUCGGCGACCUUGCACGCGGAGAUCUCUACUCUAGAGACAGCGGGCAGACAGCCAGCUGAAGUUUACAGGAAAUGCACCAUUUAUACGACGUUGAGUCCAUGUAGUAUGUGCACCGGCGCCAUACUUCUUUACAAGAUACCGCGCGUCGUCAUUGGCGAGAGCACUAACUUUAUCGGUGGAGACGAGUAUCUUCGAAGUCAUGGGGUAGAGGUUAUUGUCGCCGAGGAUGCGGAAUGUAAGGCGCUUAUGUCCAAAUUUAUAAAAGAGAAACCAGAGCUAUGGAACGAGGAUAUCGGCGUUGUAUCGUAA